AUGGGGCUGCGAGCGGCCCGCACCCCCGCCAGAGCCGUCUGCCCUUCGCGUGCUAGUGGAAACGCGUGUCCGAGGCCCUGCCCUGCGGCCUCAGAGUUUCCUGCGGGCGCCGACUGGCAUGGCCUAUGGGGAGUGACCCAGCACAGCCUCUCACUCGCUACAGCUGGUAUACACGUGGCGCCUGACACUGCCCGGGUCAUCCCAGGGCCUGAACCCGUCGACGGAAAGAGUGUCAUCUUCGACGAGAUCGAGCUCUCCGACCUGAGCGUGGCCGAGUGCAGCACCAAGAACGUCAACCACAGCUUCCAGUGCAUCACGCCCUUCCGGAGUCUAGUCCUGGCCGCCGAAUCCCGACGGGAGAUGGAGGAGUGGAUCGCCGCCCUCAAGUCGGCCACCAGCACCACGCAGUACUAUGAGGGCACGGAGCAGGUGCACUCGCUGCUCUCGGGCCAGCACAACUGGUACGCCACCUCGCACGCCCGCCCCACCUACUGCAAUGUGUGCCGGGAGGCGCUCUCAGGCGUCACGUCGCACGGGCUGAGCUGCGAGGUGUGCAAGCUGAAGGCGCACAAGCGGUGCGCGGCGAAGGCCCUCAACAACUGCAAGUGGACGACGCUGGCCUCCGUCGGGAAGGACAUCAUCGAGGACGAGGACGGGGUGAGUGGGCGGCCCGCGCUGCCUGCGCCGGCGCCGCUGGCCGGGCGGGCGGGCCGCUGCAUUGCUGGAGGAACCCCAGUAAGCCCGGGAACCACCGCCAGGAACGCCGCUCGCUUGCCCACGACCUCGGAACAUGGCGACGACGCGACCUCGCCCGAGCGCUUGACUCAAAGCCACGCUUCGAUUUGUAGCUGUGCCUCACGCGUCCUCUGCGAGUGCGUCCAGCGUUUGACCUCUUGCUCCGCGUGUCGGCUUCGCUGCUCCCUUCGGAUGUUCCAGCCCGAGAAGCCCCGCGAGUUGCGUGCGAAUCCUCCGGAAAAUGGAUUCGGGAUUGGCAAGUUCGAAGUGGCAUUUCGAUCGUCAGAGUACAAGUCCAGAGAGAAGCGCCGGCUCGUGUCCGGAGAAGGCAGUCGCGUUCAGACAUCAACUUAA